AUGACUUCUGGUAUACCCGAGCUGGACGUUCCGGGUAUAGAGCCACUAAGUCUGGGACAGAUAGCGCUGGCGAGGGGUCCUCAAGGUGCCAAGUUGACAGCAGUAGUCAAUGACGUCAAAGUCCGCGGGCCUAGUAACUUCAUAAUUCAGGAACUUAAAUCGGAUUUGGACAAGAACCGGUUCGACUUCAAAUUGCUAUUACCGCAGCUAGACUUUGCUGGAAAAUACAAGAUGGACAUACAAGUUUUAUUACUGCGGUUGCAGGGUAGAGGGAAUAUUACCGGAUCCUUCAAGGAUUAUGCUUGUAAUGUUACAAUGAGGGGGCACAAAGAGAAACGCGGGGAAGAUGAAUACCUUCAAUUCGACCCGUUCAGAGUCAAACUGCGCGUUGGUCAAUCAUCCAUCUACCUGACCAAUCUGUUUGACGGUGAUCCAGUCCUCGGACCCGCCACAAACAGGGUCAUCAAUGAAAAUUCCCAAGUAUUCUUACAAGAAAUAAGUCCGGUCCUAGAAAGGAGUCUAGGGGAACUCUUUACAGAAAUGGCGAAUAAAAUAACAUCAAAAUUUACAUAUAAACAAUUGUUUCCUUGA